UUUAAGAAACAUGGCGGCCCCCAUACACGUGAAAGUUAAAGGCAAGUGGAAAAAAGUUGAAUUGCCAUCGUCUGCCUUUAGUGAAGAAGGGUUUGAAAAUAUUGUAGCUCUAGAGGAAUUGUACGAUUAUGAACUCAGUAAUGUAUUUCCAUUAGAGAUCAAUGACGAUGAUGAUGAUGAUGAUGAUGAUGAAUUUAGUGAAUUCAAAUCAGAACUUCCACAGAUUAAAACACCAGUGGUUGUUGAAAAGAAACUUACAUACAAAGAGAAGCAGAAAAUACGUAAUAAGGAAAAGAAGAAAAAGAAGAAAGAAAAACUUAGAAAGAAAAAAGAAGAUCAAUUAAUUGAGAAAACCGAAUCAGACACAGUAAUUAAUUUAAACUCAGAAGUUACAGAUGUAAAAACUGCUAAAAAACGAAAAGCUGGUGAUACAGAUUUAAUAGAAAAUAAAAAGAAAAGGAAAAAGCAGAAAAAGAAAAGUGAGAAUUAUAAUGCUCAGAAUAUAAUGCCAGAAACACUACCCCCAUUACAACAAUAUCCACCAGGAAUGGAAGCCUGGAAGAAUUUGUUUGUACCUAAUCCUGUAUUAUGGGCUCUAAAAGAUGAAGGUUUUAUGUCACCAACUACUAUACAAGCUCUGUCUAUACCACAUGCUAUUAGAGAUAGGUUAGAUAUUGUAGGAGCUGCUGAAACUGGAAGUGGUAAAACUUUAGCUUUCUGUGUUCCAAUAUUACAUCAUGUUUUAAACAUACAGACAGUUCAAAACUCACUCAUAGAACAAACACAGUCACAAAAAAACAUCAUUCAAAAUGAAACAGAUAGUGAUUCAAAUAUAGACAUUCUACCAUCAGAAUUUAACACUGAAGAUGAUUGGGGUGUUAGUGAUGAAGAGAACAAUAGUGAUGAGAUUGACUAUAGUGAUGAUGUUGAUAGUGGUGUUGACAAUGGUAGUGAUGAGGAUGGAGAUUAUGAUAAUCCCCCUACAGAAGAAGAUAUUGAAGAAUUAAGGGAAAAUCAAGUUGGAUGUGUACGAGUUGUCCAUAAUAUUGUUUUAGAUCCUACAUCACAAACAGUAAAUGCAGAUAAACCAUUGAUAGGCCUUAUACUAGAACCAACUAGAGAAUUAGCCAUACAAGUUAAAAAUCAUCUUCUUAAAGCUGCUAAAUAUAUCAAUGUUAAAAUAGCAACAGUAGUUGGUGGAAUGGCACCUCAAAAACAACGGAGAAUUUUAAGCAAAUGCCCCGAAAUUAUUAUUGCAACACCAGGAAGAUUAUGGGAAUUAUUACAGGAGGGUGACCAACAUUUAAUUAAAAUACCGUCUGUGAAAGUUUUGGUUGUGGAUGAAGCUGAUAGAAUGGUAGAGAAAGGUCAUUUUGAAGAACUUACCAAACUUUUUGAAUUUAUGAAAGACAAUCAUGAAGCACGGCUAAAGCGACAGACUCUGGUAUUUUCAGCUACUUUAACAAUGAUUCAUAAGGGACCUUCAAGAAAAAUGAAGAAAAAGAAAAAGGCUUUGAUUCCGGAUGACAAAUUAGAUCUGUUAAUGUAUCAGAUUGGUAUUAAAGAUAAAAAGAAAAUUGUAGAUUUAACAACUAAAACAGGAACAGCUGAAAAUUUAACAGAAGCUAGAAUAAACUGCCCUAAGGAUGAAAAGGAUUUAUAUCUGUACUAUUUUCGAAGACAAUAUCCUGGUAGAACUCUAGUAUUUGCUAACAGUAAAGAUUGUUUAAGACGUUUAGUAUCUAUAUUUACUGAGUUAGGGUGUAAACCAUUAUCAUUACAUGCAGAUAUGCAUCAAAAGCAGAGAUUAAAAAAUCUAGAAAAGUUCUCAGCUAGUAAUGAUGGGUUUUUAUUAGCAUCUGAUGUUGCUGCUAGAGGUUUAGAUAUACCAAAUGUUCAGCAUGUCAUCCAUUAUCAAGUUCCACGUACUAUAGAGAAUUAUGUACAUAGAAGUGGUCGUACAGCUAGAGCCACUAAAGAAGGUUUAAGUGUAAUGUUAAUUAGUCAAGAUGAUGUCAGAAAUUAUAGAAAAAUCAUAUUCACUCUAAAUAGAGAUGAAGAAUUACCAGUAUUUCCUGUAGAAUAUCAAUAUAUACCAACAUUAAAAUCACAAUUACGCCUGGCAUUAGAAAUAGAUAAACUACACCAUAGAUUUAUGAAAGUAAAGAGACAGAAUGACUGGUUUUCAAAAGCAGCUGAAGAAAUGGAGAUUGAUAUAGAAGAUGAAAAACUAUUAGUGGAUAUUGGUGAUAAUGAGGAACAGAGACAACAUGCUAAGAAACUAGUCAACAUGAGGGCUGAUUUACUCCAAGCAUUAAAACAGCCUUUAGCACCAAGAACAUUCUCUGGUAAAUACCCAACUAAGAUGGGUAAACUAGUGACACUACAUGAUGCAGCUUCCAAAGCAGACGCCAUUACUGUUAUGAAGAAAGACAAAGAUGUACAGAGGCCAAUGAUUGAAAAAAUAUCUCUAAAUCCAAAAAUAAGAAAAGUGAAAGUAAAAAGACAAAAGGAGAAAAAGAAAAAUAGAAAAUCAAAACUAAAAAAUAAAAGUUAAAUUGUAAAGAAUAUUUGUCUAUUAAUUGUAUAUAGUGAAUAAAUUGAGAGACAGUAUUAAUUUGUUCAUAGAAAUUUGUUUUCAGUAAUAGAUUGAAAUAUAGGUUUCUUUUGAUCACCUGAGACUGUCCAAUUUAAAUGUGAAAAUUACCAAAUAGAUUGAUUUUAAUUUUAUUCAGAGAAUUUUUAUAACAAGCUACUUUGCUAAUUGGAAGCUUUAUUUGCAAAUAUCAUGAAUUAUAGAAUGUGCCCAAGAUUGAUGUAUAAUGUCAAUUUUUGCUUCAUCUGAAAUACUUUUCCAUGUCAAACUUUGUAGAUAUUGCUUGAAGCAAAUGUUUAUUGAACCACAGGAGAUCAGAUCAGGAAGUAAACAGGCAUAAAUUGGGGAAAACAUAUACAAAGAUAGGUUGCCAGGCAAUGAAACCUACAUCCACAGCAGCUAAAUUGUCCGAGCCAUUGACAAGGGUUGUCGCAUAUUUAUUCAUUUGUAGGUAACAGGAGCUUUUACUGGACACUGAUAUCAUUUUCAUACAGAUCAAAUGAUAAUUUUUGUUGUUCACAAGUGGUUCAACAAAAAAAAACAA